GAUGCGUUGUGUUUUUUGUGAAUUCAUUUUACGACAAUGUUUUGAUGCUUGCUCUGAGAAUCUUGUCAGCCCAAGUAUUAAAUUACUUUUAAAUUGAAGUGGAAAACUAAUUGAAGACUUUUUGUGAAAUAGUGUUUGGGAUAGAAUUUUUAACAGGUUUAUUUUUUCUUAUUGCUGAGGAAAAACAUACACAAAUAUUUCAAACGAGGACAUCAUUGAGUACGCAUGACAAAACAUGGGAAGCACAGGCAACAAUACCACAUUAUAUGAUGAUAACAUACUUUAUACGAGCGAGUUCGCAGUUCAAAGCGAGUACAGCGAUAUAUUAGCGGGGGUGGAUCGAUGGCCGAUAGAGAAAUGUUUGGAAGCACAUCUAACAAACGGCACUAUAAGCAAUGAUCUAACAAACAGCGUGUACGUUUAUAACGGCACUAGGAUCACGUGUUUGGAGCACGCCCCAAUAUUAACUAAAAGCACCAUAAUAAGAGCUAGUGUACUCUGCGUAAUGGCCCUUUUAUCAUUGUUAGGAAACUUUGCGACUAUGAUAAGUAUUCAAAGAAGCAAAAGAGGUCGCAGAAGAGCCAGGCCAUCGUGGACGGCUAUAUAUAGUUUGAUAUUCCAACUAAGUAUAGCGGAUUUAUUAGUUACAGUCUUCUGUAUAGCGGGAGAGGCUGCUUGGUCGUUUGCUGUGCAGUGGUACGCGGGAAACAUAGCGUGCAAGCUGUUCAAAUUCUUGCAAAUGUUUGCUUUGUACUUAAGUACAUUUAUACUGGUGCUGAUCGGCGUAGAUCGAUGGCUGGCCGUUAAAUAUCCGAUGAAGAGUAUGGCCACGGCUUCAAGGAGUGUCAGACUGGUGACUAUUGCUUGGACACUAAGUUUUGUUCUAAGCUUGCCUCAAACCGUCGUCUUCCGAGUAGCGAAGGGACCGUUUGUUGAAGACUUCUACCAAUGUGUGACUCAUGGUUUUUAUACUGAACGAUGGCAAGAGCAAGCAUACACGACGCUGUCUCUCGUGUUUAUGUUCAUCCUACCUCUCAUCAUUCUAGUCUCCACUUAUGUAUCUACUGUAAGGACUAUAGCUAAAAGCGAAAAGGUGUUCCAACCAGAAGUGACUCGACAGGAGAAAUAUUUGACACCCGACGUCAACCGAAGGAGGCUAAUAGAUAGAGCGAAAAUGAAAUCUUUAAGGAUGUCUGUGGUUAUUGUAGCAGCUUUCAUGAUAUGGUGGACGCCGUACUAUGUGAUGAUGAUAAUGUUCACAUUCCUCAAUCCUGAUAAAGAUCAAAGCGAAGAUCUACUAUCGGGGAUAUUUUUCUUUGGCAUGUCAAACAGUCUAGUCAAUCCCGUCAUAUACGGGGCCUUUCAUUUAUGGCCAAAGAAGAAAAGAUCGCGGCACAGUGACAGGGAAUCUGGUGGUCAUCAUGCAUCCAUACUUCGCCGUGGAGACCACACCUCGUCAGUGAGACUGACAACCAUCAGGUCACUCAGGUCAUCGGCCAAGUAUUCCAAUGGACAGAAUAUGAAUUUAUUGUAACCUAUAAGUAAUAUAGGGGUCAAUCCUCCUACAAUUAUUGCCGAAGAAUCUUGUUAGUGUGAUAUAAAAGCUAGUCAUUAUCAUAAUAAUUUAAUAUAGUGAGUGUAAUAAGAAAAAGAAAAUAUACUUAGAAUACGGACUUACAUAGACUAUGUUUUAUACAAUACUUUCCAUGAACGUAAAUGCGUACUUAAGUGUAAGUA